ACCGUGCGGUAAGAUACCGUGAAAUAAAGACAGUUCAGUUUAUUUCGUGCGUUUAACGUAUUCGGUGGUGUUUUUUCGUGUUAAAAGUGUAAUAAAUUGAGAAUUGCUUUGCCGUGUGUAUGUGUUGUGUGAAAAAAUAGAAAAUUUUGGGAAGUGAAAAUCCACCUUUAUGGAAAUGAAGUGCAAAAAAAGUUGAUCAAAUUGCCUUUUGUAGUAAUUAAAUAACCUUCUGUUUGUAAAAGAUUGAUGCAAAGAGUGUAGAGAAAAUUUUUUAAAGUGCUGAAUGAAUAUCGUGAACGAAGCAGCACAACGCACGCAAACACAUGCACAUAUCCUAGUGAAUCCGUACACAAAGCUACGAACCAAUGUAAAGAUGGAACUAAAAAAUUUUCACAAUCUUUCUACAUGAUUUAUUGACCGAGAAGAAAAGAAAAAGAACAGCAAUGUAAAAUGUAGUAAAGCGAAACUUAUGAAAUAAAUUGGAAAACAAAUAAGCUUAUUUUCGCCGUUGAACCUACAUACAUAUAUUUGAAACAAAAUAUAAUUAUUUUUAAAAUACACAAGAAAAACAAAACGCUAUAGGGCAAUAAUCAAUUGCACCAAGUGAUGUUGGAGGUAUGAACAAAAAAUUUAUUUUCCUUUAUCAGUUAAAUUAUGUUCAUUGCAUGAAGUAAAUAGAAGGAAGUGUUAUAUAGUGAGAAAAUGGCCGUAUGUAUUUGAAAAUUGGGCGGGAGGUGUGUACUUCCUGUAGUGUAGUUGUUGGUUCAUUUGUGUUUUCGUUUUCAAAUAAAUGCUUAUUUUGCGCACUACCAUAUUCCAAGUGGUCCCCUUCGUGUGACAGCUCCAACAUUCGGCUCCACUACGUUUAUGUAUCGUACUUACUUAUGUUAGCGCGAACCUUUCUACAUUUAGCUCUGCGUGUCUUCGGCAAAUUAUUUCUGAUUGCCUGAUUGCGCGCAUUCACUAAAACCAUUCAGACACGCAUUCAAUUUUGAAGUUAAUUUUAAACGGAAGGAAUACUGUUUAUAAUUUAUUUGAUGCUGUUUCUCCAUCACUCUUGUUUGGAGUGUACUUCCUUUGAUAUAUUGGAGCUCGGUCUCAAAGUAAAAUGGAUGCAUACGAAAGUUUUCAUUUCUAUUUUUUCCCCAAUUGUAUAAACUUUUUGACAGCAAUCUCUCAAGCACAGUGAAAGGAAAGAGAUGCAUAUGUUAACGCUAGUCACUCACUUCACACAUGAGAAAGACAGCACUUCUACCACAUACGAUAUUGCUUUCCUGCUCUGUUAAGUUUUGAUAAAAAGAAUAGUACAGCUGUUAUGUUGAUUCCCCGCAUGAAUAGUGUCGGCGAUUUCUGUCUUUAAUGCAUCGGCAUAUUUUCAAAAUCAAAACAAUCCAAAACAUUGAAAAUUACGGUUGCAGCGCUAUCGAUGCUUAGCACGACUUUACCUUUUUUUUCUUUUUGAGUAAAUGACGUAAAAGACGUUGACGUUGGCUUCAGAGAAAGUGGGUUGGCGGUUCCUUCUAAUCGUAUUUUGUUUUGGUUUUCUAUGGUUCUCCUCACCGAUUCUUCGAUUGUUUUAUUUUGAUGCAGUUUUUGCAAUAAAUUUUGGGUGGGUGGGUUGUUAAGGUGCUUGACUUUUGGUUCAAUGUGCGCGCCAAAGUUUUGUCGAAGGUAUAAUACAACCCAGGUGUUACAUGUACAUACUUACAUUGUUUGUUUACCAAAAGUGGUUUUCUAAAAAGCAAAUAAAAUGCCUUGAACAUUUUUGGAUGUUAUUAUACGAAAGCAGAUAGUAAUUAAGUAACCGAAGCAUUAAAUGUAACAACAAAUAACUAAACAAAGAAACAAACUUGUAACAACGCAACCUAACUCAAGGAAUUGUUAAGUAAAUUUAUUUAUAAAAAAAAUCGUGAAAGCAAAUAUAAAUGGUUUCUACUUUUAUCGGGCUAUUGGAUAUUCAAUCAUGGUGGGAGAUACCGUGUAUAUCUCAUUUUUGUUCAUUGUUUAGUUCCGCCUUUGACCUGCCCGACAUCGACAUCGAGGAUCUUGAGUCGGCGCUUUUAUCGGACGGAACUGAUGAAGAUCAAAUCGCACUUGUGCCCGAGUUAAUUGUACGCCUAUUAAAGGGUUGCGAUGCACUCAAGUCGGUAGCAAAAGAAAUAACUCAUAGUAAUUAUCAAAUGUUCUUGCGGCGUUUUCUACGCCAACAGUGUCGCAUACACAAUACCGAAAAUCAUUUUGAUACGGACAUUGACUUCCAGUCGUUGCCGGUGCGCAAACGCUUACAAAUACUACAUGAUUUAUGUCAUUUCCGACUCGACUCGUGCGAUGUACAAGUUAUACUAAGUAACUUGGAAGCGGAUAGCUUAAGAGUUGAGCCGCUAGGUUACGAUUCGAAAAAUUCUGGCUAUUGGUAUUUCUAUGGCACACGAUUAUAUCGUGAGGACAAAGCAGCAUUAUCGGCGAACAAUAAUAGUGGUGGUAGUAGUAAAUCAUCGAACGCUGCAAUAAAUAGUAAUGGGUGUGCAAAAGGGGCCGAUGGCGCUGUGUGGCAAGUAAUUUGUUUUACCGAAGAAGAUUGGCAGAAUUUGGCCAGCAAAUUUAAAUCUUCGACGAACGCUAAAGAACGUGAAUUGUAUCAAAUAUUAGAUGAAAAUUUUCUACCGAAAUUACCACAACUUUUUCGUGAACGUGAACGAUUGCGGCGUAGAAAACUACUUCAAGUACGCAAUUCGACACGCAUACGUAAUAUCGUCGAGCUAAAAGCGCGCCAAGAACAGGAACGUUUAUUGCGCGAACGUCAACGCUAUCAAUUCGAGCCGCCGAACAAUAUAAAGCACCAGCAGUUGGGCCGAGCGAGAAGACGCUCCCAAUCCACAUCGACCGCAAGUGGUAUAUCCACUUACGCCAGCUCCUUGCGACGCACCACCACCACAAACUCCAGCGAAUUUCUCUGCCAUCGUGAGACAUUUUGUCUAACACCUGAGGCCGAGGAACAAGAAGAGGAAGACAUUGAGAACGAUAGCGAACACAAAGUGGAAAUCCAAAAGGAGCUACUUAAAACGCCAGACCACUUGAGUGCUCAGCAGUUAGUUGAAAAUUAUAUCACAUCUGGUGAUAGAGUUGACGGCAAAACCUUUCCAUGUCCCUCAGUGCAGCCAACUCUUAAUCACGAAACCAUUGGGGAAGCAUACCAAUUCUUGCCUCAAAAUAUCAAAGUUGAACCAGAGGAGUUGUCGGCCGAUGAGGCGGAACAUAUUGUGAUUCAUAAUCUUGCAACGUCCUUCAACGUCGAUCCAAAGCCCAUAUUGACAAAAGCGGUUUCUGAGCGCCACUACCUAUCACAGACACACAGCGAUCAGGCCGAAUUGGAAGAGGAUCAGCAAUCAGUACAUCGCUCCUUAAAUGAUACACAAUUGGCUUCUGUCGAACAGUCACCGCCUGUGAAAGUGAGAAAGUCGCAUCACAAAAAGAAGAAGUCACAAAAGAAAGAAAAGAAAAAGAAAUCACGUGAACAUCGACGCCGUCAUAAGCAUGCGAAUAGUGCCAACGCAACCAACACUGAAAAGACAGCAGAAAAAGCCAAAGGUCGAAAGGACGGUGUAGCGGCAAACAAAACAACAACCCAAAGUGGCAGUAGCAGUAGCAACAGCAGCAGCAAUAGCAAUAGCAAUAGUCAGAGCAGCAAUAGCCAUAAUAAAACAUUCAAAACACGCAGCAAUCAUACCAGCAAAAGUCAUCAAUCUCGUGCACAUGCGCAAAGCCACAGUCACAGCCACACACACAGCAACGGACAUACUAACCAACACAGCAAUAACCACGUGCUUGCACAUACAUCCUCACUAAGUCCGGAGGAUAAAGAGAACUUCUGCCGCCAAUUUAGCAGCGAUCCAACAGCAACUACAACCGGCGAAUUACAUGAAUUGUCUGCCGUAGGCGUUGUUGAAGCCCUGAAUGAUACCACAGCUGCAGUGGGCACUGGCAUACAACUGGUUAUCAGCGCUGUGAACGUAAAAAAAGAAGUUGGUGUGGGCAUUGUGCAUGAUAUGGCACCAACAAGCAAUAUGAAAUUGCCCGGCAGACAAACGAAUAAUUCGCUCUCGUCGUUGACCGGCAACAUAUUCAUACCGCCGCCAUUGCGUGAGGAUACGCCAAUUACCGGCGCUACAACGUCAGAGCGCACUGAGAGCAAAUCAAAGUCCGCCACGACUGCAAGUAGUGCGGGCAACAAGAAGCAUCAUAAACAUAGUAGCGUAUCAGUGUCGAGCUCAAACGCGUCCUCGGAAGCAAGUGGCAUUGUUGAAAAGAGUUGCGGGGGCGGUGGGCACAAGAAGAAAGUUGCCGCGGCUGCAGCAGCAGCAGCAGCAGCAGCAGCAGCAUCGGCGUCCGGCAGUUCGAAGUCAUCCUCACAACACUCGGAUAAAAGUGCCGAUGAAAAUGUAUUUAGUAAAAAUCGCACCACCAUCACUACCACCACAACCAUCACCACCAAAACCACAACCACCUUAAACACGACCAAAAAAAUCAUUUCAACAACCAACACCAACGCCAAUAGCACCAACACAACCUCAACUACCAAAACCGCUUCAAAUCAUACCGCCUCGACUGUGUUUAGAAAUGCGUCGCAUGGUGCCGAAGCAGCCGUAGCCACAGCAACAACAACAGCAACAGCAGCAAAGACGUAUUUGUCAUCGUCAUCGUCAAACAACGUCGCCGCCGUCGCCAAUAUAACAGCGACAGCAGUGACAAAAUGUUAUUUAAAACAUGCUAACAAUCAAAAUCAAAAUUCUCACAAAUCAACUAAUCAAAAUCAUAUAAUAUCCCAAACAAAUUUGAAUUCUUCCUCCAAUUCAUCUAACCAUUGCCAAUCUCAUCACAACUCCAAUCAUAAUCAUCAUAACCACCACCAUAACCACCACCACCAUAACCACCACCAUAACCACCACCAUAACCACCACCAUAACCACCACCAAAACCAUCAUCAACAUGGUCAUCAAUAUACGCACCAAACGCACGCUUCCCAAUUUCCCAUGCAUUCCUCUAAUACCAAUCCAUUGACAUCAACAACGUUGAACGCCUUUAAUUAUGCUACCAAAAAUUCCACGAAUACGAAUUUUCUCAGUUUUACCGAAACGGAAGAAGUUCUACAAAUCGGUAUGCACAAAGUGCUCGUCUAUGUGAAGAACCACCGUGAUGCCUGGCCAUUUAUGGAUCCCGUUGAGGAGGAUAUAGCGCCACGUUAUUAUUCCAUUAUACGCAGGCCAAUGGAUCUGUUAAAAAUGGAAGAUAAAUUGGACAAUGGCGAAUAUAAUAAAUUUAGUGAUUUUCGUAACGAUUUUAAAUUGAUUGUAAAUAACUGUCGCCUUUAUAACGGACACAACAAUGAAUACACGGAAAUGGUGAAUAAUUUGCAAGAGGCGUUUGACAAGGCCACCAAGAAAUACUUUGAUAAUUUAUCCGAUGAUGAUGAGGAUGAUCCGAGUUUGGGCUAUCCGGCAGCCGACUCAAAAAUGAAUGUCUUCCGUGAGAAGUACUUUAAUAAGAAGUCUUCAAAAGAUGCCAGCAGCGAUAGCCAAAGUGUAACAACAGAUCUGGAUAAAUGUGCAGGGGACAAGGCAACGGAUAGAAAGAAAAGUUUCAAAAAGCAUACACAUGCACAUGACUCCGUUAUAGCGAUGAAUAAUGAUAAACGUCUUGAUAGUGGUGAAGAGGAUGUAGAGGAAAUAGCUGGUGGCGACGUAGAACAACGUGGCACAAAACGAAAGCGUAAAGAGAAGGAUAAAAGGCGUAAGAAGAAAUCAAAAAGUAAGAAUGCUGCAUUAGAAAAAAACACAGACGACGAAGAUUGCAUGGAUAUGGAGGACAAUCGGGGUGAUGACGAAAUGCCCGAAGAAUUGGAUCAAGCACAGAAUUCGAAAAAGAAUAAAAGUAAACAAAAUAAAGACAACUCGAAAAAGAGUAAAAAGAAUAAAAGUGAAAAAACUUCCAAAUCUUCAUCAAGCAAGACUUCGAAAAGCAAGAAUACAAAGAAACAAAACAAAAAGAGUAGUAAAUCGAAAAAUCACAAUUCCGAAGAGUCUGCAUUAUCUGAAGAGGACGAGCCAAUACCAGAACCACAACGCUCGGUGGAGUUGGACAAAAUUUCAGCGGCACAGGAUGAAUCUGAUAUGGACCCCGAACUGGAUUCUGUAGAUGAAGCCGACGAUGAUGAUGACGAGAGUUUCGAAUAUCCGGCCGCUAAGAGGAGUAAAAAUAAGGAAAACAAAUCUCAUACCAAAUCUAACACUCCCGCAGGGAAUAAGAAAAAAUCUGCCGUAGCUAAAUCCAAUCAGAAACAUCUUACGGCGACACCGGUGGCAUCUAAACACCAGAAAGGGAAAAGCAAGACUAGCAAGUCGAAGAGCAAGUCUAAAACAGCUCCAGCUAAUAGCGAUGGCGAAAGCGAAAAUGAAACGGAAAAAUUGGUGCAGAAAUCGAAUUUGAAUAAAGAUAUGCCACCACCCGCUGUGGAUGCGCUUGCCGCUUCAGCUUCCGAGUUGGAGGAGGAGGUAAUCGACGAUGAUGAUGAUUCCCGUUCGCGCAGUAUGUCACCCUUUAAAGUGGAUCUGCAUAAGAAAUAUUCCAAAAGUGCACUUAACGACGAUCUCUGUGACUUAUUGACCACAGUCAAAAGAGUACCAGGUGGUACAAAGCCAGCAAACAACUCCAAUCAAAAGCGCCUAGAAGAAGAUGAUGAGGAUGAUGAUUUCAAAUCCUUGUCCAGCCGCAGCUCAACACCGGUACGUGCAUCUAGUGAGGAGCGCAAAACCAAGCGUGCGCCUAAGAAGAGUACACGAAAUGCGAAAAAAGAAGAACCCAGAAGUAAGAAGAAUUCGUCGUCGAGUAGCACAACGGCGGCGAGUAAAAAGAGUGCUGAGCUCGAUGCCGCUGCGGCGGCUGAGGCUGCAAAACAAGCUGAGCUGGAAAUGUUGUUACCUUUUCUGGACAAAUAUGAGCUUAUUAAAUAUCGGCGUAGUCGCGCAAACAACUUGCAACAGACUGCAGCGGUGAGUACUACAGUUGAAGACACUCAAAGGAGUAGGAAUCGCUCUAAAGAAACCAGUGCGAAGAAGAAGGAUACGAAAGCGGGGGAGAAGGUUGAGAAAUCAAAUGGCGAAAGUAAUAAAUCCCGAAAAAACAAUAAAAAAUCCAAAAAGGAAACUCGCACCAAAGAGCUGAAGGAGGCCUCCGACAGCGAAGAGCUGAAGACGAAACCACCACCACCACCACCGCCAGCAAAAGAGGAUACAAAUGCAAAGAGCACGAAAUCUGAAGAAAAGACGCCAUCGAAAGCAAUAAAGACACCCACUAAAGCGGAAGUAACGGAUGAAGAAUGUAUUGAAAGUCCAGCAAGCAUUGCUUCUACUUCGAUUAAAAGUGCUAAAAAUAUUGAAAAGAAAACAACAACAACGCCAGAUAAAGCGACCGUAAAAAGAAAGGAGAAGUCUAAACCAGAACCUAGUGCAGCUGCACAAGUGGAAGAAGUCCCGAAGAAACCCGCUGAAAAGCCUGCAGCUCCAGUGCCACCGAAAAAAGCUUUACAAAAGAAAGCAGCGGCGAGUGCUGCUGCGAAUAAAAAGGCGAACAAUAAAACAGCCGCAAGUGCUGCCUCGAGCAAAAACUCCUCUACCAACAUAGAAGCGCUAGAUGUGGAAACCGAACAGACGCUUAAAGAUAUCAAUCGUUGGCUAGAGCAUACGCCACGUUUUUCCGAAUUUAGUUCUGCAAGCAAUUCCCCCUCACGCUACAACCUGGAUGAAUUCGAUGCAGCUUUACCCGCCAAGCUGGAGCCAGCCGAUUUCCGGCGUCCUGUGCCGAUUGCGCCGCCCAAAAUCGAUUUGGUGCCCACUAAAUUAGCAGAGGUGCUAGUUGAUUUAGUUGCCGAUGGCGACUCAGUAGUUGCAAAUGAUCUUAAGAAAGAGGUGAUUUCGGAUUUGAUAACAGGCGGCAUGUCCGUGAGCACAGUUGGUGGCACGGCGAGCAGUGUGAGCUCGAGCUGUGGUACACCGCCGCAUUCGGUAACGUCUGCCAACUCCAUUGGAAGUACCUCAGCAAACGCUUCAUCCAACAAUUCAGUAGUUAAUGCACCGUCGAUAUCAUCGAUCGCAUCUGCAUCGGCGGCCAAUCAACCGACUUUGCUAAUACCGCCACCACCAGCUACUGUGACGCCGGCCUUAAGUUCGCUUGCGCCACCAAAACCCAAAGAGCCCAGCACCACUCAGUUGUUGCUACAUCCACCUCCACCGCCGCAUAUCAAAAAUCAAUUGGCCAAGGAAGCCAAACGGAAGUCCUUGAAGGAGAAGUUGCAGGCAGCUUCUAACCCCCGGCGCAAGGAUUUACUUCGUACAAUCGAACGUUUGCAACCGGGCAAAGCCAAAGGCAAUCUAAUACAAAAUAUUAAUAAACCUGAUGAACUCUUUCCUUUAGGCCCUGUUGCGGCUAAGUCGAAGGAAGUAAAGAACGCUCUGAUUGUUGAUACAUGCGAUAAUGGACCUAAACUGAGUUUAGGUACUGUUAUAAAAACUGAUGAUUUUGCUUUAGGCCAAUCGCAUAAUUUCAUUGACGAGUUGGCCAGCAAAACUGAGGCGAAGGCAAAGAACUCCAUUGAGAAAGAAGGCGAGGAAAAACCGAGUAGAACCAGCGCACUUGAAAUUAUAUCGCCUUUCACUCCAAAAGCGUCGACAGCACCAGCAGGUAUUCCAUCGCCGGAAACGGAAGCUGAAAAGAAAACGGUUGAAGCGCCUGUUAGCGACUAUACAAAACCGUUUGAAAAGUUAUUGGAGCUCAAAUCUGCUGCCACUGCAGAAUCUGCCAGCGGUGCCGCAGCUAAAGAAAAACCGAAUUUGAGCGCUUGGCUGAAGGCUUUCGGCGCUCCAAAGAAAGCAAAGAAGACGGAAGAAGAAGAAAAGCUACAGCAACAACAGGCAGAUGGGAACGAGUCAGCCUCUAGCGCAGGCAUUACUUCUAGCUCGACAAAAUCCAACGACGGUACAGCGACGGCGUCUAUAUCCUCCACGGGAGCCACCGUUGCCAGCCGAUCACCUACGUCCGCAACAAUGACCGGUGGCGUUGAUUUUUCCCUACCCUCUGCACCGAGACAACGUAAGGCCAGCACCGGCAGCACCAUAUCCGAGCGGUCUUCGUUCAGUCAGGAUCCCGACUCGCCGCGAAUUGCCAUUGAUGAACGUUAUGGCUCUUAUGCGGGUGCAAAUUAUACCUCACCCAUUGGUGCUUCUCCGAUCGGCGCAUCGCCCAUAAUGGUUUCUCCAAAACCAGACGAAGUUAGCAAGCCUACCUCACCCUAUCCACUAAAUGGCGCCAUUAAGGUGGGUUUCUAUCAAGACACAACUACAAAGAGUAGUCCUGAUAAGAGUUGUAGCCCGCGCGAAAUGCCUUCGCCAUAUCCUCAAUACUCUCAACAUAUAUACUCAUCUGCUUCUUCACCAAAUGUUUCAACGCCGGAGUUGAGUGGUACUUCGCCCUACGGUGGCGCAAACAGCUAUAAUCCGUCUGGUUCAGAAGCCUCAAAAACGCCGGUGUACUCAUCCACCUCACCACUGCCGAAUCUCUAUGAUCAGUACAAGCAGCCGCGAUCACAAGAAUCCGAUUAUAAUUCAUCCAUGAGCCCGAGUACACCCAAUCCGAAUUCACCAUAUCAACAACCGCAAAGUUCACCAUACACGGCGCCAUCGCACCAGUCACCCUAUCACCAACCCAAUUCACCGUAUCAUCAGCAACCACAUUCGCCCUUCCACCAGCAAACACACAGCCCGGCACACACAUCAUCCACGGCAACAGCAGCCCCGCCAGCUGACGCUACCUCAGUUCACUCGCCUUUGCAACAUCAGCAGCCGCAUAGUCCCAUGCCUAGCAGUGUAGAUUCACCAGCUUCGUCUGCUGCUACACAGCCACCAACACCCCUAGCACAUUCGCCGAUAGAUCAACCGCAUUCGCCGUACCAACAGCCAAUUAAUUCGCCUUAUCAAUCACAAGUGCCCCAACCGCAACCAGCGCAAGUCCAACAGCAACAGCAAUUGCAGCAAAAUGCAAACGCGCUGUCGCCGUACAGCCAAAGCAGUAUGAGUCCCUCGCCAUAUCAAGCGUCUGUGAGGACCCCGGAGGCAGCAGCCAGUUUUAAUCAAUUGACACAAAAUGCGGAUUCUGGAAAAGUAACAGCUGAUGCUACGCCUGUACCAUCAGCGACAUUAGCACCAGUUAAUACCUAUGAAAAAAAUUCUACAAACAGCGGGGGUAACAGUAUCAAUAAUAGUAGCAACCCGGGCUCUAAUGGUAGCAGUGGAAAUGCGGCGGUGGCAGCUAUCCCGGGCUAUGUGCCAACAGCGCAGGAUCUUUAUGGCUCAGCCGCAAUGGUGGGACGACAGUCCACGCAACCACAAGCAAUGUUGCAACAACAACAACAACAACAACAACAGCAUCAGCAGCAAACCCAACAACAACAACAACAACAGCAGCAACUAACUGAAAGCUUGCGAUCGAUUUACGGCACUGGAGUUGGAACUGCGGCAUCAUCCCUUGUGGAGGGUGCCAAAAAUACGGAUUGGAAUAUGGCAGGCGUGCAGCAGAUGCCAGAUCAAAGGCAGCAGCUGCAGUCACAACAACAGUUGCAACAACAACCACACAAUACGCAGCAACCAUUGCAACAGCAGCAGCAGCAGCAGCAACAGCAACAGCAACAACAACAACAACAACAACAACAACAACAACAACAACAACAAAAUAUUCACCAAAAGUUGCAACAACAGCAGCAGGUACAGCAGCAGCAACAAUUGCAGCAGCAGCAAAAGCCCCAAUACCCCACAUACGCUCAGUAUCAAUCGAAGGCAGCUGCUGCUGCCGCCGCCGCGGCCGCUUCUACAAAUAAGGAAAUAUCCGUUUCCGAUAAGAUCGAGAAUGAGAAGAAGCAGAACGCUGCAGCCAGCAGCUAUACUGACGCCACAUCCGCUAACGAUAUGGUGGCUUUCAUGCAACACAUGCACCAACAGGCGCAGGCACAUAAAAACUCCAUGGCCGGAAUUUCAACGUCUGUGGCAUCAGGCUCGGUAUCGUCAAGCGGAUCCACAGGCUCCACCGCUCUGAAUUCAAAUGCUAACGCACUCAAGCGUACGGCAGAAGAUAUGUUGGGUAUGGACUACAGUGGCACGAGUGGAGCGGGUAUCGGUGGUGGCGGAAGCGUAGCGAACAAGAUGCCGAAAUGUGAGAACAACAGUGGGUUGCAGCAGCAAACGUCUCAGGUUUCAGCCCAGAGCAGUAAGCAGCAGCAAAUGUUCGAUAGUUUCUUGGGCGCCAUGCCGUUCGGCAAGCAUUUGGGCAGCAUUACGCCGGACAAAGCGUUUGAAAUGUAUAACCGUGCUGCGUCGAUGGGGUUUCCCAAAGACUAUGCGAAGGAUAUUAGUUGCCAAUUGCAACAACAACAGCAACAGCCACAGUCGCAGACACAACAUCAGCAACAACAACAGCAGCAACAGUCGCAGGCGCAACAUCAGCAACAGCAGCAAACGAAUGUUGCAGCGAGCCAGCAACAGCAACAACAACAACAGAUACAGCAACAAAAGCAAACACAUCAGCUGCAACAACAGCUGCAGCAUGGCUCACAACACCAACAGCAGCAGAAUCAACAUCACCAGCAACUGCAACAUAACCCACACGGACAGCAGCAAUCACAACACUUAUCCAAAUCUAGCCUAGAUAGCAUCACCGCCAGUUUAUUAAAUAAGCCGCUGAAUUAUGGCUCCAGCAGCCUACAACAGCAGCAGCAACAACAGCAGCACCAGCAGCAGCAACAACAACAGCAGCAGCAGCAGCAGCAGCAGCAACAACAGCAGCUAAGUCGCUCGCAACAGUUAAAUCAGAACUAUCCAACGCAAGCCCAACAGCAGCACUCCCAACAACAAAGUGCGCAACAGCAACAAUUGCCGACUAAAGCAACUCCAUCACCAGCUACAGCAGCCACAGCACUGGACAAUGGAAACAUGUUAAAUAUGCCCACCCAUCAUCUAGCACAUCAUCUCUCGGCAUACAAUAAGCCAACACCUCCACCGCCCCCAGCGCAGACCUACAGCAAUCCGACAGCCUCGCUGCUGCACCCCUUAGCAGAAAGCUUGUUCGGCUUAUCUUCAGCGAGUCCCGGCUUUUACGAUAAGAACAUGCCACCCGCAGCCCACAUGUACAAUGCAGCGGGGACGGCGAAAAAUCUCUCGACUUCGCAGCUUUACUCAAAUUCAGCGUCGAUUGCUGCAAUGAAUGCGGGUACUAGCAGUAUGUAUGGUCAUACACAACAACAUACCGCCGCUUCUGCGACUGGUAACACCUAUGCCGGCACCGGCACCAGCUCUAGUUGUAGCAAUAACAAUAGUAAUCAACAACAGCAAAGUAACGCAACUGCAGCAACGGAUGUCGCAAAGGCUGCGGCACCUGUAGCGCCAGCUCCUGCCAAGCGUGGACGCAAGAAGAAGGCGUCGACUAUUGCAGCAGAGGCAGCGACAGCCGCUGCACUAGCAGCUAAACUGCAACAACAACAGCUUCAGCAGCGACAACAACAGCAACAGCAGCAACAAUUGCAGCAACAACAACAACAACAGCAGCAACAACAACAACAGCAGCAGCAACAGUUAACCCAAAAUCAUUUACAUACAUCACAGUAUAACACAGCGGCGGCGCACAUGACACAGUUAGCGGGUGGUGGGGCGGCCACAACGGCCCAACCCGCACACCAAAGUUCGAGUGGUGUACCUGCACACUUGCAAGCGCACGCACAGGCAUUGCAGCAAGGGUUUCAUCUUUAUGCUGACCUAAAGACGGGCGGCGUAGGUUCACCACUCUCGGCGUCCAGCAGCACAAACUCUGCAGCAGUGGUUGCUGCUGCGGCAGCUGCAGCGGCCAAUAAUGUUGCAGCCCACAGCGCAGCCUCAGCCACAGCAGGUUCAAAUGCAAGCGGUGUUGAUGUUGCAACAGCAAUUUCUCUGAAGACAUCGGCAGCUGAAGCCAGCGGCAUGGUGCCAGGUAGCGCAUUCAAUUUCGGACCUGCACCGGGCAGUCUCGGUUUGUACGGCGAUCAAGCGGCGGCUGCUGCCGCUAGCAGCUAUCUAGAUCAAUUCAGGGAAGCAUCAAACCCCUACUAUAUGCCACCUGCGCCGGCGCCAGCACAUCGUAAUUCAGCCAGUGAGGCGGCAAGCGCUGCAGAGAAAGCGCAAUCUGCGUUGAGUUCAAGCGCGACGGCAGCUAGCGCAUAUCCCUUUUUGGCUGCACACACAACACCACGUGCCACACCCUACUCGUUUAUGCAUAACGCGGGCACUUCCCAACUGACCGAUCCCAAUUCACAAUUGUAUUCAUCAUAUUUGCGACGCGAGGACUUUCUCAUGUUCAAUCAGGGACUAUUAGGGCGCGGUGCAGGUGCGGCAGCUUAUGGUCAACCACCGCCGCCAUCUGCAUACCGACCGUCAAGCCUAGGCAUGCCAAAGCCGUAUGAUAUUAAUCGCUCAUGGUUUUAGCAGUGCGCCAACAACACCGCCCAAGAGGAAUUAGCCGAAUCGCGAACGACUGCAGCGGCAACAGAGACGAUGACAAGUGGCGGCGUUGAUGGCAAAGGUAGUAAUGGAAGUGUAUUGGGCGGACAGAUGCAGCUGCAGCAACAGCAACAGCAACAACAACAGCAACAACAACAUCAACAACAACAGCAGCUACAACAAAGGCUACAACCAGGUCACGCGCAUGCACAGCAGCAACAUAUCCAACAACCGCAACAGCAACAACUUCAAAGUCGGUUGGAACAUCAAAGUCAGCACUUGCAGUCGCACCAGCUGUGAGGUAUAGCGCAGGCGGCAAGUGUAUAAUACCAAUGUGGCGCGAUGGCACACAUCGGGCUAUUUCAGUCAACCAUUGAUUUGGUUGGAACUGUAGGAGCAUAGCGGUGAAAGCUUUGCUAAACUGACAAUUAUCGUUAUCUUAUGUUCAGCUUUAGUAGAUAUAUAACGGAUAAAAAUUUAAAUGAAUUAUUGUAUAAGGUAGUGUAGGGAAAGUGUGAAGCAUUUUUCGUUUGAUAUUAUGCACUUACAUACAUACAAACAUACAUACAUACAUACAUACAUACAUACAUACACACAUUCACACUAUAUUAAUGUCUAUAAAAAUUCAAUUAAGUUAGCGAAUGUGUAAAAAUGCACUAAAUUGAAAAAAAAAAAACAAGAAAAAGAAAAAUCAUUCUAAUAUUAGUUUAGUGUGUAUUUAUUACGAUUAAGCACAAAGUCUUAUUUAUGCUUUAAGAUACACUUAUCGAUAUACAAUAAAAUGUUGAUGUAAAAUCGACGGUUAAACCUGUACAUUUGUUAUAUUUAUAGUUCCAUUUGGGAUUUGAUAAUAAGUUGAUAAAUUCAAAGUAGUUAAGUUUACUAUUAUGUAAAAUGUUGCUUAAAUAAAUUAAUUUAAAGUGUAUAGGAUAUUGAUUUUAUGCUAUGCGCUCUUUAUACUCCAUAUAUGUAUGUAUGGAGAUAUACAUAUGUGUAUGUAUUUAAAAAUAUUAUACUAUGUGUAUGGUUUGGAGCACUGAACACUUUCGUAAAGUAAAACUAAGCCUUUUAUUUGUAUAUACAGUUACGAAAACGCUACAUAUUAGAAUGUAUGCGUGUUUUAAUUUUAAGUAAAUAUUGCAAAAAUAAAGUUAAACUAUCAGGAGAUUAACAAAGAUUGUCACUAUACAAGUUUUGAUUCCUUCAUUACGCAUACACUUACGGCUUCCUACUCAUUUUAUAUAAUAUAUGUAAAGCUUAUAAUAUAGUCAUAAAGAGCUUUGAAAUAAAUGUGGUGUACAAUUAACAAA